AUCCACGUAAAGUUGAUAUAUGGGCUAUUGGUGUUAUAUUUGCUAUGUUAUUAUCUGGUAUACCUUUAUUUAGUUUGACUGAUGAUGAAGAUGUUGUUAUAAAGGAUAUAUUAAAUCCUGAUUAUGUUAUUGAUCGUAUAUCUAAAUCAGAUGAAUAUACUCAUAUAUCUGAUGAUGCUUAUGAUAUGUUAUGUCAUUUAUUAGCAUAUAAUCCUGAUGAUAGAUAUGAUGCUAGUGAAGCAUUAAAUCAUCCACUUAUCACACAAUCAUAUCAGAGAGAUGCAAAUAAUAUUAAAUUAAAUAAUAAUAUACAUGAAGUAUUUGAUUUUAAUAUUAUUAAUCGUAUGAGACAUUCAAUAACAUUACCACCAUUAGCUAGAAUAUGUCGAUUACUUAUUGCUCAUCAAUGUCGUGAUCGUGAAAUAAGACGUUUAAGAGAUACAUUUAGACGUUUAGAUAUUGAUGGUGAUGGUUAUUUAGAUAAACAAGAAAUAAUAAGU